AUGAGGCACUGACUGGUCUUCCAGCACAGAUAUAAAGAAUACAAAGUCCAGAUAUGGCUGAUGAGACUCUGUUUGCACUGUUACAUAUGGAGAUGGUCUCCCUUGCACAUAAAAGUGCAGGACACGAUGAAGAGGAUCAAGGCAAGCACAUCAAGAUUUUAGAAGGUAUGGGUUUCCGUGUGGGCCAAGGACUUAUUGAAAGAUUAACAAAGGACAGCCCUUCAUUCAAAGAUGACCUGGAUGUUGUGAAGUUCAUUUGUAAGGAUUUGUGGACAAUCAUUUUUAAGAAGCAGAUUGAUAAUCUGAGAACAAACCACCAGGGUACUUAUGUUUUACAAGACAACAAGUUUCUGCUUCUGACCCAGCUAUCCUGCACAAAGCAAUACCUAGAGGAAGCACCAAAGUUCCUGGCUUAUACAUGUGGACUCAUUAAAGGAGCACUCUGUAAUUUAGGAAUCAACUGUACAGUAUCUGCAGAAGUUCCCAUAAUGCCUACCUGUAAAUUCCAUGUUAUCAUCUCGCGGACCUAG